AUGGACAAGGCUUUCCUUGCUGCCUUGAGGGACAGAGGGAUACCUGACGCAAACCUUGCGAACAUGUCACAAGAUAAGGUGGACCAGGAUGUUGGCAAGUUGAUGGAUGAAGAAACCCUGUCAAAGUAUCUUCCUCAUUUUGGAGACCGUGUGUUUGCCAAAAAUUGGACUGGGUCAACCCUAGCAGAAGUUGAGAGCAAUGCAGAAAAGAAAAAGACACUCAUAGAAUGCCUACGAGCAAAAAUGAAACUUACCAGCUCAAGCCAAGCAACAACAAUCUCAUCAAAUCAUACUCGCCCAGCACUUGGUUUGGGAAACAAGAAUGCUGCACGAAAAACAAGAAAAAUAGAACUGGGUUGGAUGAAUUAUCAAGACGGUUAUUUCAGGCAGGUUAGACGACUAAUUGGUGGGGGCACAAGAGAGAUCAUUGCCAGGAAAGAUGACAGUGUGAACAAAAUACUAGGGGAUGGUAAGAAAAUGUUCUUUCACAAGGGGAAAUCGUCAAAAGGAAGAGUUGAGGACUUUGACUUAAGACUUUGUGUAAUGGGUUCAGAGGAGCCCUUAGAUGGCACACUCACAAUUGGGGCAUUGUACGAUACAACUCAUCAUAAAAUACUGCAAGCCAAGUCACCAGAGAGAUCCCAGACAGCACAGGCUCUCACCUCGCCAGGUCUUUCUCCCAAAUCUUCCUCUCAUACUGUGUCACGUCAGUGCUGUUGGAGCUCUAUGUCUUCUCUGUCCUCGGAUGGGCCUUUGUCUAACUCCAGCCCCUUCACGCAUGCAAGUGUACCAGCAACCUUGAUUUCUAAUUCUACCCCAACUUCUCAGACAUCUGAAGUGUCUGUGGCCCAGCCAUUUAAUCUAUCUCCUGAUGAUGAAGUUAUUGUCCUUGGUGAUGAUGAAGUUAUUUUCCUUGGUGAUGAUGAAAACCUUUCCUUGGAUGUUCUCUGUGACACACUGAUUUAUCAGCCUCUCCAUUCUUCUGAGCAGCAGCCAUCAGAUGAUGUUAUUGAAGUUCAAGUGGAUUCCAACCUUGCUUCCAGUACCAGAGAUUGCAGAAUAAUCCAGCAUGUGACACAAACUGAGAAUCCCAAACCUCUGACUGAAGGACAAAUUUCCAACCUUGUGCCCACAAACGGUGACUCAGACACUUCCAACACCACUUGAAGUCACAAAUCAGGA